UUCUCCCGGAGCAGCAGCCGCCGCCGCCGCCGCCGCCGCCGCCGCCGCCAGCGCCGCCGCUACCGCCGCCGCCGUGUUCGGGUGUAGAAUUUGGAAUCCCUGCGUCUCGUUAACAAUGAAGCAGAGUUCGAACGUGCCGGCUUUCCUCAGCAAGCUGUGGACGCUUGUGGAGGAAACCCACACUAACGAGUUCAUCACCUGGAGUCAGAAUGGCCAGAGUUUUCUGGUUUUGGAUGAACAAAGAUUUGCAAAAGAAAUUCUUCCCAAAUAUUUCAAGCACAAUAAUAUGGCAAGCUUUGUGAGGCAACUGAAUAUGUAUGGUUUCCGUAAGGUUGUGCAUAUUGACUCCGGAAUUGUAAAGCAGGAACGAGAUGGUCCUGUUGAAUUUCAGCAUCCUUACUUCAAACAAGGCCAGGAUGACUUGUUGGAGAACAUUAAAAGGAAGGUUUCAUCUUCAAAACCAGAAGAAAAUAAGAUUCGUCAGGAAGAUUUAACAAAAAUUAUAAGUAGUGCUCAGAAGGUUCAAAUAAAACAAGAAACUAUUGAGUCCAGGCUUUCUGAAUUAAAAAGUGAGAAUGAGUCUCUAUGGAAGGAGGUGUCAGAAUUACGAGCAAAACACGCACAACAGCAACAAGUUAUUCGAAAGAUUGUCCAAUUUAUUGUUACAUUGGUUCAGAAUAACCAACUUGUGAGUUUAAAACGUAAAAGGCCUCUACUUCUAAACACUAAUGGAGCCCAAAAGAAGAAUCUGUUUCAGCAUAUAGUCAAAGAACCAGCUGAUAAUCACCAUCAUAAAGUUCCACACAGUAGGACUGAAGGUUUAAAGGCAAGGGAGCGGAUUUCAGAUGACAUCAUUAUUUAUGAUGUAACUGAUGAUAACGCAGAUGAAGAAAAUAUCCCAGUUAUUCCAGAAACUAAUGAGGAUGUUAUAUCUGAUCCCUCCAACUGUAGCCAGUACCCUGAUAUUGUCAUUGUUGAAGAUGACAAUGAAGAUGAGUAUGCACCUGUCAUUCAGAGUGGAGAUCAGAAUGAACCAGCCAGAGAAUCCCUAAGUUCAGGCAGUGAUGGCACCAGUCCUCUUAUGUCUAGUGCUGUCCAGCUAAAUGGCUCAUCUAGUCUGACCACAGAAGAUCCUGUGACCAUGAUGGAUUCCAUUUUAAAUGAUAACAUCAAUCUUUUGGGAAAGGUUGAGCUGUUGGAUUAUCUUGACAGUAUUGAUUGCAGCUUAGAGGACUUCCAAGCCAUGCUGUCAGGAAGACAGUUUAGCAUAGACCCAGAUCUCCUGGUUGAUCUUUUCACUAGUUCUGUGCAGAUGAAUCCCACAGAUUACAUCAAUAAUACAAAAUCUGAGAAUAAAGGAUUAGAAACUACCAAGAACAAUGUAGUUCAGCCAGUUUCAGAAGAGGGAAGAAAAUCUAAACCCAAAACAGCCUGAUGCAGAGGAGUAUGUGGCUUCUGAGUAUACACACAAGAAGGAAGAAAUUUGGCUUCCCGAAUCACUGCUUAGAAGAGAGCCACCAUCAAUCUUGGACACCUAUUGUAGACUUCAGGUGAGUGGAGAAUAAACUAUGUUCUGCCUUUGGAUUUUUUUUGGGGGGGGGGGGUUGAUCUUACUGUUCGCUAAUACUCAAAUUCUAGCAGACAUUAAACAGUAAAAUUUUAUCAGAAAUAACAUUUUUAGUGAACAGGUCUCGGUGCAGGGGGAAGAGUACUUCUCCAAUUUUUUUGUAUCUGAGGGUGAAGGUUAUCACUGUAAGAGCAUCAGUUUCAUUCCUUUUUGUUUUCAUAAGUGUACAACUCUUAAAAACUUUAUAAUUAAAAAAAAAUGGAAUUUUGUUACAGCACUAUCACUCAGUCCUUUGAACUCCUUCAGAAUUAUAUACUAGAACUAUUUUAUUUUUUAAUGACUUACCAGCUGGUGACUUAAUUAGAUCAUCUUUUGAUUCCUUGAAAGUGAAAAAACAGAAACUACCUAAAUUGCAACAGGAUUUUUUUCCCCCUAGUGUCAUUCUUUCUCACCAGUAUUUAAAAUUUUGUCUUUAUUGGGUGUUGGAGAUUUUAUCCGAAGUGCCUUGAUAAGAUUUAGAAUGUGUAAGAGGUACAUCUUUGUUAAAUGUGGGAAGUAAUUGCUAAGAGGGACGAUGCCUUGAUGUCCUUAAGGCAUCUUUUCAGGCAGAUCCAAGUUCAGGAAGGAGUAAUAAGGAAAUUGAAGAUCUGGAAACUGAUUUCUCUAAAAACUCUUGUUUACCAGAGGAAGUCUCUGUACUGUCUGGAAAACAAGUACCACAGUAUGAAGACCAUUAAUUUUGAGACUGCUCCCCCAUCUUCAUCCGCUUUAUAACUUACUUUCACUUAAGGGGGGGCCGGUUAUAAGUAUUGCCACCAGAAAUCACGUAGGACAGCUGUAUGUUCCCUUAGGGUGUGUCACCUUGUUUUUCAUAGGGAUGGUAUACUCAAGUGAUAAAAGGCUUAAAUGUGAAAAGUCUUCAGACUGGGAAGAUGACAAAAUGAUAUUCAUUGUGAUGAACAUACAUAGAAUGUUACGUUUAAGAAUUAGAGCCUAGGGUGCCUGGGUGGCUCAGUCAGUUAAGUGACUGCCUUCAGCUCAGGUCAUGAUUCUGGAGUUCCAGGAUCGAGUCCCACGUCGAGCUCCCUGCUCAGCAGGGAGUCUGCUUCUCCCUCUGACCCUCCCCCAUCUCAUGCUCUCUCUCUCAAAUAAAAAUCUUCAAAUUAAAAAAAAAAAAUUAAGAGCCUAUUCAUUUCAAGCACAUAUGAAAUAUUUUUUGAGAAUUGGUUGUAUAUUAGGCCAUAAAAUGAACAAAUUUCAUGAAAUUGGUAUCAAACAGACUAACUACAAUACAAAUAAACCAGACCUUUACAGUCCUGAGUACUGGCAUCAUAUUUUGUAGAGUGACCUUCAUUUGGAUUUCAUGUUUUCCCAUGAUUAGACAGGAGUUAAUGGGUUUGGGGUAAGAAAGACCACAGGGGUGAAGUGCCAUUUUCACCAUUUAUUUAUCCUACUGGUUUUUUCUCUGGAGAAUCCUAGUAAGGAACAAAAAUUUCUCUUUAUUUUACAUCUUAGAACACAGAAAAUCAAGGGUGUAAGAAUGGAGCAUCUGCCCAGUAAAUGGGGAUGCUUUCAGAGCUGUUACAGGGCAGUACUAAAAAGUGUGUUGAGCUGGCCAAGUAGUGACAAGUUUAAUAUAAAGGAACUACAACAGAGAAAAAACGUUAGGUCUUUUAAAAAUUGAUAAAUUGAAGCUCAUCAAAAUUAAGCACUUUUGCUCUGCAAAAGACCCUGUUCAGAUGGAAAGACAAAGAUAGACUAGGAGAAAAUAUUUGCAAACCAUUUAUCUGAUAAAAGAUGUGUAUCUAGAAUAUAUUAAAUCAAAACUCAACAAAUUACAAUAAAAAACCAUCCAGUUACAAAAUUGCCAAAAGGCACGAAUAUUUUACUGAGGACCUAUAGAUGGCAAAAAAGCAAAUGAAGAGAUACUCAACAUCAUUAGCCAUUUGGGAAAGGCAAAUUAAAACCACAAUGAGGGGGGUCUGCCUUCAGCUCAGGUCAUGAUCUCGGGGUCCUGGGAUCGAUCCCUGCAUCGGGCUCCUUCCUCAGUAGGAAGCCUGCUUCUCCCUCUCCCCGCUGCUGUGCCUACUUGUGUUCUGUCAAAUAGAUAAAAUCUUAAAAAAAAAAAAAACAACAAACCACAAUGAGGGGCGCCUAGGUGGCUCAGUCGUUAAGCGUCUGCCUUCAGCUCAGGUCAUGAUCCCAGGGUUCUGGGAUCGAGCCCCACGUCGGGCUCCCUGCUCAGUGGGAAGCCUGCUUCUCCCUCUCCCACUCCCCUACUUGUAUUCCUGCUCUGCUUAAAAAAAAAAUAAAACCAGAAUGAGGUAACACAGUAUUCCUAUCAGAAUUGCUAAAAUUAGUGACCCCAAAUGCUGGCAAGGAUGCAAAGAAACCGAAUGGUUCAUACAUUGAUAGUGUGAAAACACUGGAAGAUGGCAGUUUCUUACAGAACUAAUCAUUUAACCCACCCACAAGGAUUCUUCUAAUCCCUGGUUCCAAAGAACCACUGAUUCUUUAUUUUCAUCACUGAAAGCAUAUUAUAAUAAAUGUAAUGAUACUCUAUGUGACCUUUUGGGAUUGGCUUUUUAAUACAGUUGCAUACUUCCUUGGAGAUCCAGUCAAGUUGUUUGUGUACCAAAAGUUCAUUCUUUUAUUGUUUAGUAGUCCAUGGUAUAGAUGUACCACUGUGUGUUUAAACAUUCACCAGUUGAAGGACUUUUGGGAUGUUUCCAGCUUGGGCUAUUGCAAAUAAAGCAAUGAACAUUCUUGUACAGAUUGUGUGAACAUAAGACUUUUCUGAGUAAAUGCCCAUAGCCAUUGUCUUGCCUGUAAUAUUGGAGAAAUCAUACCAUUUUAAAUUAUUGAAUAAAGUACACUAACCCUUGCUAACUCAUAUGGAAUAGAGUACUUCAUUACUACUUUUUGUUGUUAAGGGACUUUUUUAUGUCAUCUUGUGUCAGAAAGCAUCCAUUUGCAACUUAGGAAAAAUGCCUACAGGACACAGAUAUAGAAUAUUUAUCAAAUGAAUUAAAAAUAUUCUCCAAACUAAACUGGCCCAUCUACUAAAGGCUCUUUAGGACAACGUCACUUUAAUUACCUGAGAUCCAAUUUCAGGGGUUACUUACAGAGGACCAAAAGGGUGUAACUGCCACCUUUAAAACAAUUCAGGUUUUCAGCACACAAAUGGACAGUUAACCCUGUUUCAGCAGGUUCUUUCAUACACAGAGAAAAAAAGUAGGUCUGAGUAUUACAGCCACCUAAAUUUGAGUUGCUAAAGAAUUAAUACACCACACACUUUCUCUCAAUUCAUUUAUUUGGAGAUAGAACACAGCCAUUCAAAAUGAUGGAACACAGUAUCAACACACAGAAUAAAGUUGGGGAAUUAAGUUUAAGUUGAAUUGUUCUCUCUCAUUUACAUUAAUAAAUACCUUAAAAGAAGCAAAUGUAGAUUUUUAAGAUUAAGACACUAAUAACAUGUACAAGUAACUAAGUUUCUAAGUUAACUGUCAUACUGCUUGAUUUUCAGGUUGAACAAUUGUAAUUAUAAUAAACUAUAUUUCAAUUAGAUGGCAGCAAAUACAAAAGCAUUUUAAACCUCUUCUGAACUGUAGAGUGUACUAUAAGCAGUUUAUAUUCUAUAGCAUUCCAUCAUUCUCCUGGCCUCAGUUUAUGGGUAGAAGGCAAGCUGGACACCAGCAAAUCACAUAACAAAUUAUCCACCACUAAUGAGGUGUAUAACCUAUUAUGCAUGGAUUUUGAAUAUAAGUUAGAAUGCCAAAAGAAUGCCAGCUAUUUUGGGGAAACUUGGGAUUUCCCAGGUUGGUCACUGAUUAGCUACAGUUUUCUUCAUUUUUAAAAUGAAGGAUUGGACUAGAUUUUACCUAAGUAUCUCCUGAGGCUUAGUAUAUUACAGUUUCGUCCUGUCAAGUUUACCACCUUUGAUUUUCAAAAUGAACUUUCAAAGUGCCCCUUCUAACCCAUGAUUACCUGAAUUUUUCAAAAGCUUUGUCUAAAUCCUUCAGAGUUCCUAACAUCUCCAUUGAACCUAUACUUUUGCAAGUGUUUGUAACGGCUAAAACAAAGUUGGUAUGUUGGUAUGAAAGGCCAUCCCUACCCAGGGAAGAUUACAGCCUAACUGGGUAUUCAAAUUAGUAACCCACCACCACCAAUCUUUCUAUGAAGCCUCUGUCUCUUAAUCUCCAUCAUAAUUUACACUGUUGUCCAUCAAACACUCCCUACCUGUAUACAUUCCUUAUCUUCACAUCAAGGGAAAAACCUGAAAAGAUUUUUCAGACAACUUGUUUAUACAAUUUUACAACAGCCAUGUUCUUUGCAGUCUCUUGUAGGGCAAGGCAUCAAAUAUUUCAAAAGGCAGCCAUACAUUUCCUUUUAUACUUUCUAAAACAGCUUAGGGACUAGCACAAUUUAAAAAUCAAACUGUCAGUUUUGUUUUUACUCUUAAUUUCACAGGCACAGAGCUAAGGAUAAACCUAACAAUGUCCACUUUUCCUAACUCACCACCAGACUCCUAAAUCUCUCCCUUUGUAAUUCAUUCUAACACACGUAUCAAUGUGCAUGGCAAGAAUACAAUGAAUAAAAUGGCAAGCGAUAAAAUCUAAUUCAUGCCAGAACACUGGAGAAGUUACAUGGGAAGCACACACAUACACAACUUUACAAAAGUUGGGAAUACUGUUAAUCUCAAGCAAUGAUCAAAGUGGGACUUUCAUGCCAGAAGUCCCGUUCAAUCAAAAUCACGAUUUGUAAGAACAAGUGGUGCCACUAGUGUCCAAACAUACAGCACAAUGCCAAUCCAGCUAGAAGAGAUUUUCACCCACACCGCUGUCCACUGACUCUUCAUCUCACGAGAAGGCUCGUACCUAAAAUUUAAGAAAAAAAUGAAAGGGAAAGGGUUGGAUUAUCAGCUAUCAUGCUACUUAUUUAGCUUUACUUCAAAGGUGUUCUUUGUAUACAGUUUGUGAUUACAGAUACACAAUUGCUGAGCUAAUAAUCUGUUGCCCUACUUGCCAUACUACUUUAAUAGCUAAUGUGAAGGUAAAAAUCAGUUUCCUUUAAAAGAGUAAAGGACAUUGGCCUCUGAAGUAGCCCUUUUACUAAUACUCAGAGGCUCUUUAUGUACAGGUCCUCACUUUCUGAAAGUUUGUUAGGCCACUCUGCUUUUACAAAAUACCUACGUGAGUAAGGUAAAUGGCUUUUUUCUUAAAAGCAAAAUUUCUCUUUGGGUUUCUUCAGUUAACAAAAGCAGGUACUAAUAUAAGUCAGAAAAAUGAAGUAGCGUAAUACAAACUAUAACAAAGUAGGGGGGAACCUGUAUUUUUGGCUUAGUAGUCAGAGAUAGCAGAGAAAUGGAGUGUGAUGCCUGGAUAAGUAAGAUACUGUUAUAAAAAGACUUAUCAAUCCUAGGGACGCCUGGGUGGCUCAGUCGGUUAAACGUCUGCCUUCGGCUCAGGUCAUGAUCCCAGGGUCCUGGGAUCGAGUCCCGCAUCGGGCUCCUUCCUCAGCAGGGAGCCUGCUUCUCCCCCCCGGGGAAAAGGGAUUGAAAAAGACUUCUCAAUCCUAUCCUCUCUAGAAAGUAUAAUCUGUUCAAAGUGUAUAUAUAUGGGAACUGCUCUCCCACCUUCAGCCUUUUCAGAUUUAAGAGAUUCAGAAUACAUCCCAAAUUUACCUACUUUUUGUGCAAAUGAAACAUACCAAAAAUAUUUUUCAUCUAAAGUUUUGGGUUUUUUUUUUUAAGGUUUUUAAGUAAUCUUUAUACCCACCAUGGGGCUCAAACUCACAACCCUGAGAUCAAGAGUCACAUGCUCCUCUGAGCCAGCCAGGUGCCCCAAUCUGAAGUCUUAACGUUUAAUAUUAUCUGACAGCCAAAGCUGUGAAUUACUGAACACUACAUGGAUUCUUAUCACUUAAUAUGCUGCAGUGUAGGAAUUUUAAAAAAUACUUAUUUUUCAAUAGUAAAUGCCAGUAAAGUCUGCUCUUAAAAUGAAGAAUAAUCUUUUUUCUACAUCUUUUUCUGAUAUUCAAAGUCCUCUUACAAGUUGUGAAGGGUAUUCUGCUUAAAAAUUAUUAAAAACAGAACUUUCCAAACCAUAUAGUUCAACUUGAAUCUUAAAUUGGAUCUCUCAGUAACCAUUUUGACAAAAUUAGAAAUUUUUUGAAAACAAAAUAACUACUUUCCUAUUACCAGAAAAAGAUUUAUAAAUUGUAAAGUGAUAAAAAAGCAUAAAUUACAGCUACAGAGAGUUCUAAGGAUCCAAUUUUAGAGUAGCCAUAUUCUUUAUAUUAAUCUACAUUAAUGUAUUUCUCAAUUCUGAAAACUUAAGUGCUUUUAACAAUAGUUUGAACAAAACAGAGAAAAAGAUAAUUUAUCUUACACCAUGUCAGGGAUUGGUUACAGUGUCAAAAAAAUAAAGCAUUGUGUUGAAUCAACUAUUAACAUGGUAUUUCUGUAAAAAAUGUGUUAAUUUCAUGAAGCUUCCGAUUUUAAUUUCUUCAAGAUUUGGAAGUAUUUCAAUAUUAAUGCCAAAGCAAGGAAGGAAAGUCUGCAUUUCUCAUACUGAUCUCAUUAUUCAUUUAGAUGUAAAUUUUGGAAUACACUGGAGGAUAAAAAGUACUUCAUACCACAUGCUUUGCAAUGCAAUCAUGAAAAGCAUCAAAAUUUCCACAUGCACAUGAAAUAUAAUUACCUGUACCAGUUGGUAAGGGUCAUCAUGAUAUAGAGUGAAGCCAAGAAAAGCAUGAAGUGAAAGAAGGAAUAACUAUAAGUAACACCAUCCCUUUCAUUAUCUACAGCUCGAUGAGCAUCAUCUCCAUCCUCCAGUGAUCCAUCACUUCUGGCUCCACCAUCUUCUAUUAAUGUUGAUUCAUCACUUGUUAGAGUCAAUUUAUUAACCUGACUGUUGUUCGAAGUACGGAUGCUGCAUAAAA